GCAGGCCCGGUCGCGCGCCAGCAUGACCCAGUCGGUGGUCGUCCAGGUCGGCCAGUGCGGAAACCAGAUUGGCUGCUGCUUCUGGGACCUGGCGCUGGGGGAGCACGCCGCGGUCAACCAGAAAGGAAUUUAUGAUGAGGCCAUAAGCAGCUUUUUUAGAAAUGUGGAUACCAGAGUGGAUGGUGAUGGUGGCAAUAUUUCCAAGGGAAAAAUAUGUUCUUUAAAAGCACGAGCUGUCUUGAUUGAUAUGGAAGAAGGGGUAGUGAAUGAAAUUCUGCAGGGACCAUUGAGAGAUGUCUUUGAUAGCAAGCAGCUCAUCACUGAUAUUUCUGGCUCAGGAAAUAAUUGGGCUGUGGGUCACAAAGUUUUUGGCAGACUUUACCAAGACCAAAUCUUAGAGAAACUCAGAAAGUCGGCAGAGCACUGCGAUUGCUUGCAGUGUUUCUUUGUAAUACAUUCCAUGGGAGGAGGAACAGGAUCUGGACUUGGUACAUUUCUUUUAAAGAUGCUUGAAGAUGAAUUCCCAGAAGUAUACAGAUUUGUGACUUCCAUUUAUCCUUCCCAUGAGGAUGAUGUCAUAACCUCACCUUAUAAUAGCAUCUUGGCAAUGAAGGAACUUAAUGAGCAUGCAGACUGUGUGCUGCCAAUUGACAAUCAAUCUUUAUUUGACAUCAUCAGCAAAAUUGACCUCAUGGUGAAUUCUGGAAAGUUGGGUACAACUGUGAAGCCAAAGAGUCUGGUUACUUCAAGUGCCGGGGCUUUAAAAAAACGGUGUAAGAAGCCCUUUGAUGCAAUGAACAACAUUGUGGCAAAUUUGCUGCUCAACCUAACAAGCUCUGCAAGAUUUGAAGGGUCCCUAAAUAUGGACCUUAAUGAAAUCAGCAUGAACUUAGUUCCUUUUCCUCAACUUCAUUAUCUUGUGUCAAGCCUGACACCUCUUUAUACACUGGCAGAUGUUAGCAUUCCUCCUCGAAGAUUGGAUCAGAUGUUUUCAGAUGCCUUUAGUAAAGAUCACCAGCUAAUUCAGGCAGACCCCAAACAUAGUCUCUAUCUCGCGUGUGCCCUCAUGGUUAGAGGAAAUGUACAGAUUUCAGAUCUUCGCAGAAAUAUUGAAAGAUUAAAGCCGUCUCUACAGUUUGUCUCCUGGAACCAAGAAGGUUGGAAGACCAGCCUGUGCUCAGUACCUCCUGUGGGCCAUUCCCAUUCACUAUUAGCUUUAGCAAACAACACAUGUGUAAAGCCCGCCUUCAUGGACCUGAGAGAGCGGUUCAUGAGGCUCUACAAAAAGAAGGCUCACCUGCAUCACUAUCUACAAGUUGAAGGGAUGGAAGAAAGCUCUUUUUCAGAAGCUGUGUCAUCUUUGUCAGCACUCAUACAGGAAUAUAGCCAGCUGGAUGCCACCAGAAGCUUGCCUAUGCCAGAUUUUCCUAGACUAAGCAUAGCUGUGUAGAAAAGAAACACAAUAUGCAGCUUUCACCUUUCUUCGUUUCUUGUUUUUUGUCACCUUUCUGUUUCUGAAUUUUUGUGAUUGAGAAAACUUAGUUUAUUUUUCAUAUUAUCGAGUACUGUUGUCUAAGAGUGGUAACUCUUUAAUCACAAUUUUUUGAUCAUGCCAAUGUGUGACAUUACUGAAGUCCUAGUGCCUUAACUUCAAACACUUGUCUUCAGAAAGUCCUCUUUUCUAAAAUGAAAGAAUGGAGUUCUUCAGUAUUUUGCUUUAUUUAUAGCCUCAUUUUUAGGCAUUUAUUUAUACACUGGAAAACGUGUCUUCAAUAACAACUUUGUACAGAUAUGUCUAUUUAUAUUUUGAGAUUCUGUUUACAUUAUCCUGGUUCCUUAAAAGUAGGUUCUGGGAGUAAAAGAACACGGUAUAAAUAUUUCCAUAUAACUGCACUAACUUUCGGGGGUGGGUUUUAUUACAGCUACUGAGGUUUUGUUUGUUCUUUUGGUAACAACUUGUUUGUAUUCAAAAGAAUCACAAUUUAUACAUUAACAUGUAUUUGUAUUAAAUUUUUCUUGUCAAACCAGUUGGUAUCAUAAUAAACGUCUUUAUUUUAUUUUUAUACAGUGCUGGCUGUUAAUCAUGUUUUGCAUGUCAUGUUUACACAAGUGAGCAGAAUGUCACUAAGCUUGAUAUCUUCUUCUAAAUUUUGCUGUAAAUAACUGUUAUUGUCCCAGAUACAAUAAUCU